AGGAGGAAGGAGGGCCUCAGUGCUCAGAUGGGGACAGCUGGGUAAGACCUGAGCAGAGCACAUAGGAGCUGCCUGCAUUUGUCUGGCACGGAGGCCCAGCAAGGUAGUGGGGAAACUGUGGCAGGGUGUAGACUGAUAUUCAGUCUAGACUAAACUGGACAAGAGUCCACUCUCUGGUGGCUAGAAUCUAGAUGUAAGCUGAAUCUGGGAGGGUAAUGGGGUGGUGGUGGGGCUAGUUCUGCUGCCUACUACUGUGAUCUUAGGAAAAACAUCCUUCAAGACCCGCCGCUGAGACAUGAGUGUGCAGCAGGAAAGGGAGACAGAAGAGGAUGAAGGCGGUGCCUCAGACACGGCGCCCAUGCUACCCCGAAGAAGGUCUGCUGAUUACCAUAGUUCAGUCGUGGCAUCUUGGAGCUGGCCCAUCCUGGCCAGCAAAGGCCUCAGGACCCUGUUGCUGUCUGGCCAGGCCCUAGUUGGGUUCCUGGUUCAUCUGCUGCUCCCUGGGACAGUCUUCCUGCUGGUGUUGCUGCCAGCAGCUGCCGUUGUCUACCUAGGGUUCCUGUGCCACUCAAGGGUGCAUCCAGCCCCAGGCCCGCGGUGCCGAGCGCUGCUCUCCGACCGCGGCUCGGCGGCGCUCAUCGUCCUCGGAUUCCUCUCGCUGCCGCCGCUUCUGGUGCUGGCCGCGGGCGCGCGCUCGCUCCUGAUCCGGCGACUGCGCCCUGUUCUGCCUGGUCCCGCGGGGUCCCCCGAGUCGCACCGGCCGCCUAGGAGCCUCGAAGACCGUGUGCCGGAGGACGAGGAGAAGCAGUUCUGCGCUCGGGUCUGACGCCGGGUCUGACGCCGGCGAGGUCUCUCCGCGCCCAGAACAUCCCCGCGGACCCCUUCCCAGAGCCGCGCGGCAGCCUCCAGGCUCUGAGCGCAGUGCUCCAGGUGGCCAGGAGAUGGCAACCGGGUCCCUUAGACCCUCGGAGGAAGAAGAGGUGUCCCUCGCAAAGAGCACUGCUACGCUCCCACCUGUGCUCAGCGCCCAGUUUGGCGGAUAGCUAUGUCCCCCCAAAGCCACGCAUAGCUCUAGAAGCUCCAGUGUAGCCAGUAGCAACCAGAUUUCAUGGCUCAUCUUGAGUCCUCCAAAGUCAGCCUGCAACCCUGUAAAGGACAGAGAUCAGUUGGGUCCGUAGUCAAACUAUUACCAGAUCCGCUUUGAGAUAGGAUCUAGGAUCAGUGACUCAGUGUAAGUCCAGGGUCAGCUUGUUGUUUUUAAUAUAUAACUGGGUUUUUUUGUUUUGUUUUUAAGAUUUAUUUAUUUACUUAUUACGUAUACAGUGUUCUCUACUGCACGUACGCCUGCACACCAGAAGAGGGCACCAGAUCUCAUAGAUGGUUGUGAGCCAUCACGUGGUCACUGGGAAUUGAACUCGGGACCUCUGGAAGAGCAGCCAGUGUUCUUAACUGCUGAGCGGUCUCUCCAUCCCCCUUAAUAUAAAUUUG